GCGAGAUGGCGUGUGAGAAAAGAGAAAAGAGAAACGAAACGAAACGAAACGAAGGGAAGUGGAUGAUUUGAAGACCAAGACGAAGAAGACCAGGGAAUCGAGGAUGAAGAAAAUCCGUACAUCAAGUGUGGUUAAAGCAGAGUGAGUUUGGAUUCAUCACAUUGCGCUGCAUUGCAUUGAUUGAGCCAUAAAAUCUCCGAAUUCCAUCUUCCCCCACACUCUCAAAAAUUCAAUUAUCUCUCGUCCAUCUUUCAUAACAACGCUGCAACUGCCACCGCCACCGCCACCAUCACAACCACCCUUCUCACCCAACAUAUCGCAUUAACUUUAUCCAAUCUUCAAUUCAACCAACAGCACACUUAUGGGCGAACACACGCGAGGUCAAGCACAAUCCCUAAUUGAACCGCAACCCAACCCUCACCCUCAACCGCCUUCCUCCGCCGCCGCCACCACCGUUCUUGACUCCUUGCCGGCGGACCCCGAACUCAGCAAUGCUCCUCCUCCAACAAACUCCCCCGCCUCCAAAAUCCCCCUCCGUCCCCGUAAGAUCCGUAAGGUCUCGCCGGACCCGUCCACCUCCGAAUCUCAAACCGAAACGCCGAAAGGCUUGUCCACCGGUGGGAAGAGUAAUGCCCGCAACAACAAAAUUGUUCAGCCACAACGAGCCUUGGUGGUUCCGAGAAUGGUUGCUAGGUCACUGUCGUGUGAAGGCGAGGUGGAGAUCGCACUGCGAUACCUUCGCAACGCUGACCCACUCCUCUGCUCUCUAAUCGGCAUUCACCAACCUCCUACCUUCGACAAUUUCCACACUCCAUUCCUUGCCCUAACUCGUAGCAUCUUGUACCAGCAACUGGCUUAUAAAGCGGGUACCUCAAUCUAUACUCGCUUCAUCUCUCUCUGCGGUGGGGAACCCGGUGUGGUUCCCGAAACCGUUCUUGCCCUAACUCCCCAACAGCUUCGCCAAAUUGGGGUUUCGGGGAGAAAGGCGAGUUAUCUUCACGAUUUGGCGAGGAAGUACCAGAAUGGAAUACUAUCUGAUUCGGCCAUUGUGAAUAUGGAUGAUAAAUCGCUCUUCACUAUGCUCACCAUGGUCAAUGGAAUUGGUUCUUGGUCUGUUCACAUGUUUAUGAUCUUCUCCCUCCAUAGACCCGAUGUUCUUCCUAUUAACGAUCUUGGUGUUCGCAAAGGGGUUCAGCUUCUUUACAAUCUUGAUGACUUGCCUCGUCCCUCUCAGAUGGACCAGUUGUGUGAGAAGUGGAGGCCUUAUCGCUCUGUUGCUUCUUGGUAUUUGUGGAGAUUUGUUGAAGCCAAGGGAACUCCUUCUAGUGCUGUGGCUGUUGCUACUGGUGCCAGCUUGCAGCAGCACCAGCAGGAGCAGCAACAGCAGCAGCAGCAGCAGCAGCACCCUCCGCAGCCACAGCUUCUGGAUCCCAUAAAUAGCAUGUUUAAUCUUGGGGCCGCCUGUGCUUGGGGACAAUGAUCGCUCGUGAAAUGUUGAAAUUUGUAGGCAGCCGCUCACACGUGAAGUUGCAAAGGCACGCCGUGCUGUGUAUUUAAUGAUAGAUCUUAGUACUGAAGCUUGAACAUUGGGAUCAUUGAAGGAUUAGUGUAUGAUUGGCUUGUGUUUAAUAAAACCAGUGCAAGAUUAAUAAAGGCCACUCCUUAAUUUUGUUUUGUUAAUCAGUAAUUGUAGCUGUCGGAGGCCAAUGUCAAGUUGUCAAGUCGUCUUUUAGUGAGACAAGACUGAUUAGAGGCAGUGCUGCCUUUGCCGCAUGGUAAUGUGGUUUGGAAUAUGGACCUUGUAACUAAUGUACCAGGCCUUAUCUUGUGUCCUACUAGUGGAUGGGCCCUUUGCCUUGACUAAAAUUAGUAUAAUAUACAUACAUACAUACAAAAAAAAAACCGUUGGGUAAUUCGUAUGC